UCAGUUUGAAAAUUUUUUUCGACGAAAGCGGUUGCUGUGCGGUUUCGCUGCCGGAUUGUUUUCGAUUAGCGGCUCCGAAUUGCCGUUCAAAAUAUUACAAUAUAUUCGUGUGUACAAAAUUCCCGAGAGAUACGAAUUUGGAAAAUUUAUUUACUUAGUUAAUCGUCAGAAAAAGAGUGACGAAACUGUGAGUGCGUGACGAGUGAUCUUACGAUUUAUGAAUGAGCGCGGGUGCGAACGAAUUUUAUGAGUAAAGAAAAUAACCAACGCGAUAAACAGAGGCACACUCACACACAAUCGCUUUAAAAAACCAACACUCACCAUUUACCAAUAAAGAAAUCGUUUGUUUUUGGAAAACACAUAAGAAAAAAUAAUAAAUAACAGCUCAAAAAUUGCACUUGCAAACAAAACAAACGCAUCGUUUGUGUGGCUUAAAUUUCGCACGGUUUCUACACUUUUUCCCCCAACUAAAAAAAAAAACACUCCCUUACCCCCUUUUUCGAAAGCCAAGAAAAAUAAAAAUAUAAAAACUACAUACAGGAAAAAAUAUAAAGCUAAAUAGUGCAUAAAAAUCGGUUUUCUUUGCGGUUCGGUUCCGUUUUUGUAUGGUAAAAAACAUGACGAAAUGUUGUCGAUGAAAACGAGAAAUAAAUACAAGUGAUUACAAGGAAAUAAAAAAAAAAAAAAAACGAAACAACGAAAAUAAAAGAGAAAUUAUACAUCAGAUCUAUACGAAAAGAAAAGUUAUGUGAAUAAAUAUACAAAGCGAAAUUCUAUUUGGUGUUUAUGGAAUCUUCGAUGGUGUUGUGAAACCGAAAAAAGAAUAUAGUUACAGAUACUCUCUUCUUCUUCGAGCAGCUGCAAACGCAUCUACAAAGUUUGGAUAGCCUGGGACAUUUCGCAUGAAAAUUGCAGCGAAAAAGAAUCACCCUGCAUGGCUAUACGACAAUGUCCAAUGCUCGCGAGCUGGCAUUGAUCGAGAAAUGGGCUGACAUUGCAACGCCGGCGACGCCGAAUCGGCCGACAUUAUCGCCAACAUCGCCGCCAGCACUCCAUCGAUCCAUCGUGAAGUUCUGCUGCUGCCCCCAGCGGAGGCGCUACAAUCUCAAGCACAAGAAAAGCAACAACAACAACAACAAGUCAUCGGUGAACACGCUGCAUGCCAGAAAUAUAUUCGUCGAUAGCGAUUUCAGCUAUAUUGAUGAUGUGCCGCGGCGACGUCGAGAUUGCCACAGCGAUUACGACGAUUGCAACUACGACUCCGAAUGUGGCGGCGAUAAAGCUGAUGAUGAGGCCAAUGAUAUCGCCGCUGCUCCAAGAGACGACGGAAAUGUGGCGCUGAUAUUAAUGAAUCAACGAAAUCUGGCCGAACAAUGGCGGCAGGACAACAAAGGCAACAGCAGCAGCAACAGCAACAACAGCAACAGCAACAAACUAGCAGUUGCAGCAGCAACUAAAACUUGCGCUGUCACAAAGAGCCCGCAAAGUGGCAAUGAGCAACAGCAACACCAGCAGCAGCAACAGCAACAACAGCAACUGCAACAGCAACGACAACCAACCCAAAGACUAAGCAAUAGCUUGCAACAGCAACAGCAACACCAACAAUUGCAACUACAGCAACAGCAACAACAUAGCAAUAAGGAAAAUACACUAAGCUACGACAACAACAACAAGCCGCACUGUAAUUAUUGUAAAUUACCCGACACCGCCGAGCCCCAAACGAAUAGCAAUACCAAUACCAAUACCAAUACAAAUAUAAAUAGCAAUAGCAAUAGCGACUCGAAAAUUGAUUCACCGAAGUCGUCGCAGAAUAAAAUGACAAUUACGACAGCAACAGCAACAGAAACGGCAACGGCGGCAACAGCAACUAGUGAGUGUGGGUUGCCAGCAGCAGCAACAACAACAAUAGCAGCAACAACAAAAGCAGCGGGAGCAGCAACAUCAGAAGAGUUUGUGGGUGCUGCCACAGAAGUGCUGUGCAGCGAUAAAGCAACAUUGACAGCGGCAACACCAGCCACAGCAACAGCAACAGCAAUUGCAACAGCAACACAAGAAACACCUAAGCCCCGCAUUGCAGCUCGUCCGGCCACGCCCACCCGCCUUAAGACUGUGAUCAAAACAACAAUGGUGAAGCGAAGUCCUAGCCAUGACUCAACGGCAACAACAGCAACACAUGUGCCGAACAGCUGCAACGGCAGCAGCAACAACAACAGCUACAACAGCAACUGCAACAACAGCAACAUUGCAGCUCAUGACGAACCCAGACGUUCGGUUAGGGAGCGCAUCGCCGCCUUUGCGGCAGGAAGUGAUCAACAGCAGCAGCAGGCGACGCGGCAUCAUGACAAAGUCAAGAAGUUAAGUAAAGUGCAGUGCAAUAGCAAUAGCAAUACAAAUCAAAACAACAUGACAGGCGAUGUGAAAAGUGCAAUUAGCAACAAACAGCAGCAGCAGCAACAUCAGCAGCAGCAACAACAUCAAACGCUUAUCAACGGGCAGGCGAGUGUGCCGGCAGCAACAGGCGGUGUUGCAGGGGCAACAUCCACAGCGGCAACAUCGCGAACAGCGGCAACAUCGGGCUGCACGUCAGCAAUCGCCGCUGACACGACGCGCUACAAAUCGGGAUUAAGUGAUGUGCCGGCCAGCGGAGACGUUGAUGGUCGGCCAACUUCAUCUGCCACCACAUCUCCUGUUCCUGUUGCCGUUGCUGCCGCUCCGAGCGUUUUCAGCACCGGUUGUGCAACCAUGCCGCGGACUCGCCAAUACGGAAGCAUUGUUGCCGGCGCAACAGCAGCGGCAACAUCUGCAACAUCGGCAACAUCGGGAGCAACAUCGGGAGCAACUGCAACGCCAGGCGGCAACACCAUGACAGCUGAUAAGAACUUCUUAAACCAGACGGCGCCCGUUCAGGGGCAUCAUCAUCAUAAGCUGCAAUUUGUCGAUAAGGCCGAGUCCGAAUUGGCCGCUCUGGACAAUCUGGACUUGGCCCACAGCCUCGAUCUGUUGGACGUCGACGGCGAGGAUCCGUACGGAGCGCUGCAGGAAUAUUUGGAGCGUGUCAAGCGGGAAAUCAACGAGGUCUUCGAGCUGCGAAAGGCGCAACGUUUGCAACAGCAACUGGAGGAGCAGCUAUCGCAGUCGGGAGUCCAGCAGCUUGAUGAAUUGUCUCGUUCCACGGAAUCAGAUAGCGGCUUUGACAGCAGCAGCACCACUGCAACAUCGGGCAUGGCUUCAACAUCGGCAACAUUGGCAACAUUGGCAACAUCGGCAACACUGGGGCAACCAGUGACAACUAAACUUAGGCCACUUCCCCCACCGCCCCUUAGUCCCACGAAAGCAGGCCCCAAAUCCUUGCCUUGCACUCCACUUGGCCAGAACCAGGAGGACGUAAACAUUUGGGCCUGCAAGUUUCUACGUGAUCUGGACACUCUGAUGGCCGGCGAUAAGCUGCCGCCGCACUUGGCAGCCCUGGCAGCCGAAGGAUCCGCUUCCGGAUCCGCCGACAGUUCGCCCACUUCCCUCCUCUCCGCCGCCGCCUCCGCCGCCAUCCAGAGUCGCUACGGCAAGGGAUCCGCCUCCGUCAUGGAGCAUCAACUGCAGCAGCAGAACGGACUGGUCCUCAAACCGGAGAAGCACGCCACCAUUCCAUUGCAAUCGUUUUGCCUUGAUUGCGGACGCAACGAGGCAUCGCCGGCAACCAAAUCGAAUGUUGCCUACAUGCGCACCCUGUCGGCGCCGAACGGAGGAUUCAGCGGGGGAUUGGGGGCAUCGGGGGGAUCUGGAGGAGCAGCCCCCUCAUCUUUGGGCCAACGCAAGAGCCUGGCCUGUUCGCCGCUUAAUGGCCAAGCGGACACAAUAACGCCGACACCGGCAACUCAUAAGCUGACAAAUUUCCAAAGCGCAUUGAAAAUCGAGGAGAUGGCAGCCGCGAAUGGAGCGGCAACAGGUGAAUCUCCAGCGACCACCGUCGAGGAUUUGAAAUCUAGGCGACAGCGACAAUUGAGCAUCGGCGACGUGGAGACAAUGCUGGCCUCCUCCCAAACCUCGCAGCCAAUGUCGAUGCCAAAACGGGUGGGCAUAAUUCAUGCGGCGCUGACGAGCAGAAACGCGAUUACGCCGCCGCCAGCAUCCGCCUCCCAGUCGAGUGGCUCCUCCUCUGCCAAAGGCUCCGCCAACUCCUCAAACUCCUCCUCUGCUGCUGCAGCAGCCACCGCCACACCCGGCUACCUGGUGGAUGUGACCAAAAAAGGAUCCACGUCGACCAUUUGGACCUCCGAGGAGUCCAUUCUGCGCAGCGUUGGCGCCGUCGAUGAAGACAAUAACUCCACUUCGUCUUCCUCGGCUUGCGAGGAGGCAACGGGUGUCCUGAGUUCCGGAAAGUCGGGCAUUUCACUUGACUCCUCUGGAUUGGACAACGAUAACAACGAGAGCGGCAUUGGCACGGCCACGCCGCCGAAGGACAUGUCGCACUACUGGAAGAGCCACCACAUGCAGCACCAUCACCACCACCAUCAUCACCACCACAGGACUGGUGGAAGUGCCCAGGAUAACGAGUCCGUGAGCAGUUUGGAGGUUUUGCGCAAGAUGAAGUUCCAGAAAAGUGGAUCGGUGGCUUCCUCCGAUGAUCCCGAUCUCCUCGAGGUCCUCAGUCAGUGUGGAAGUGGUGGCGAGGCGGCCAAUGAAUCACAUGAUGACAUGUUGGACGAGGAGAAGGACAAAUCAGGAAAGGCGCAGGACUACGAUGAAUGCCAGGAUGAGUUUUUGAUGUGCGAAUGCGAUUGCACCGAUGGCGAUGCAAGUAGUGCCAGUGGUGGUGGUGGUGUCACCGCCACUCCGGUGGUUCUGCGACGCAAGUACACGGCACCACCACCGAUUCUGGUGCCCAGAACUCAGAGGAGUCACUCCCUGGACCAUUACCACUCGCCACAACCUCUGCUGCAUCCGCGGAAAGUCCUGCCCAUCCAUCAUCAUGCCAUCAAGCACAAAGAGCGUGGGCAACUGUCGUUGAUUUUGAGGCAGGAACCUUUCCAGUCGCUUUUGAGUCCUUCCGCCAACGUUGCCAAUCAACUGCAUCACUUCGUGGAACUUCCAUCGCCCAGCAGUGCCUCGUUGCACAGCGGAUUGGGUGAUUCCGGUGGCAUUCAGGAGCUCUCCACCAAGUCCAACUCGGCACCAAUGCUGCUGAAGGAGCGCGAGAUGAGCAGGAGAUUCGAUGACUUUGCCGCCCAGAAUUUGACACUGCGCUAUUCUCGUUCGCAGAGUGAUCGCUAUUUAGCAGAAAUCGAAGCGGUGGAGGCUUGCAAAUGGCUGCGCGCUGCAGGUUUUCCGCAGUAUGCACAGAUGUACGAAGAUCACCAGUUCCCGAUCGAUCUGACCAAUGUAGCCAAAGACCACACCAAUCUCGAGAACGAUCAGCUGCAGUCCCUGUACCGCCGGCUCUGCGUCCUCAACCGUUGUGCCACCAUGCGGCUCGACCAGUCCCACAAGCCGCAGACACCACAGCAAAAGGAGGAAUCGGAUGACGAGAACUUCGCUUUGAGCGAGAACUGGACAUUCCAACCGCACAUUCGCCGCUGGUCGCGGAUCGGGGAGAUGGGCCUCGAACUGCCUCCUCCCGGAGUCUUAAGCCUCAACGUGGAGAAGACGGAGAGCUCCUCCAAGGAGUCCAGCCCUGAUCGCUUCGAGGAGGAUGGAGCAGGCAUCACUCUGGUGAUUCCCGGAUGCAGCAAGACGAGCACUGGUGCCACCGAUGGUUCCUCCCUAGGAGAGGGUUCGGAUAGCGGUCGCCUGCGGAGGAGUGGCAGCGAGAGGAUCAAGGAUCAGGCCAAGGCUCUCCUGCGAAGAGUGGAGUCCAUCAAAUCGCGACGUCGCAAGCGACAGAAUCGCGAGAAUGUGGUGAUCAGUGGACCGCAGACCCUGGAUCUCUCGCAAUUCGGCCAGAGGAGCAGUCUGCGCAAACCGGAUGCCGUGUACUCCACCCCGCCCUCCCCCUCGGCCCUCAGUCCCAUGCACACAUUCCCCAAGGCGCCGUUCUUCGGCAACGACCUCAAAGUGCCCAGCCACAGCGACAACUUCCUCAGUCCCAAUCGCUCCAGUCCGAAAAGGACACCCACCACUCCGCGAUCGAUGAGAACCAGUCCGCUGCACUUCUUCUCGAGUCCAAUGUCCCAAUUGAAGGAGGGGAAAUCGGAUGACUCCUCUUCCUACUACAGCGACAGUCAGGAGUCGUCCACUGGUGGCAAGUUAUCCUUGAGGAAACCCUCCAAGGCUCGCAGAUUCCUGCAGCGAACGGGAAAAGUCGAUGACAUUGGAGCCCAUUCCGAUUCCGAAUGUCAUCAGGGACGCAAACUCCUCAUCAAGGACGCCAAUUCCAAUACCACCGAGGUCAAGGUGAAGAAGUUAACGAGGGGAGGCUCACUGAACUUGGGCAAGGAUCCCAAGAAACGAGAGGGAUUCCGUUCAUCAUCCUUCCGCUCGAGGAGCACCUCGCGAAAGGAACCCAAAAACGAUGAGGAGCAAGCGGGUGGAGCCACGAAUGGUGGCUCAAAACGUCAGCCGGUGGUUCGCUGGCACAGUUUCCAAAUGGAGCAGCGUCCGAACAUGAUCUUCCGCAAGUGUUUCUCCAAGAAAAUCGAACCACUGCAAGAGGACGAUGGUGGAGUUCCAUUUGCCUCCAUGUCAGCGGGUCAGCUGCAAAUCAUCCGGAAGUUGGCACUCGUCACCUUAACUGGUCACAUGGAGCGUUACUGCCCUUCGCAUCGAUCGGGUUGGAACUGGGAACUGCCCAAGUUCAUCAAGAAGAUCAAGAUGCCGGACUACAAGGACAAGAAGGUGUUCGGAGUGCCUCUAUUAAUGAUCCUCCAGCGAAGCGGACAAACCCUUCCGAUGGCUGUGAGGGCAGCUUUCCGCUGGCUGCAGUUGAAUGCUUUGGAUCAGGUGGGAAUUUUCCGGAAAAGCGGUGGAAAGUCUCGGAUUAUCAAGCUGCGGGAGCAAAUUGAAGUCACGGAUUCCACCGCCGAGUGCAUGGAUGUUUUCGAUUUGCAACAGGCCUACGAUGUGGCCGACAUGCUGAAACAGUAUUUCCGCGAGCUGCCCGAAUCUCUGCUGACCACCAAGAUGUCCGAGACCUUUGUGGCCAUCUUUCAACAUCUCCCUGCUGAAGUCCGUUUGGAUGCCGUUCAAUGUGCCGUGCUCCUGCUGCCCGAUGAAAACCGGGAAAUCCUGUACGUGCUGCUCGAAUUCCUCACCAUUGUGGCCGCCAAUUCGCAACAGAACCAGAUGACCAGCAACAAUCUGGGCGUGUGCCUGGCCCAAUCGAUAUUCCACUCCUCGAUUUCCACGGGUUCCGCCUCCGUUUCCGCAUCGCCGCGUCGCAAGGGCAAGGGAUCCGGAAUGCCGGACAUGAAGGAGCUGGCCGAGGCGAAGGCCUCCCACGAGUGCCUCUCCUUCAUGAUCGAGCACUACAAGCAGAUCUACACGGCCUCGAAGGAGAAGCUGGGCAAGUGCAAUUUCAGCUACAUGGAGGAGUCCAAGCCACUUCCUCUGGAGGCUCUCGGCGAGGGAAUGCAGUUCCACAACUGGAGGGGAUACCUCUACGAGUGCACCAGUGCCACCAUCAAGGAGGGCAGAGAAAAAACCCGCGGUUGGUUUAGCAUAAACUCGCUGAACGACAACAAUGUGGACAUUGCCUACAAGAAGGUGGGUGAUGGCCAUCCCCUCAGACUUUGGCGAUGCGCAACAGAAGUUGAAGGACCCCCAAGAGAGGUCCUUGAAUACGUGAUCAAGCAGCGGGCUUCCUGGGAUGCAAAUUUACUGGAGUUCCAGACGGUCAAGAAACUAGACGAACGCACGGAGAUUUAUCAGUAUGCGGUGGAUGGACAACUGAUUACGGACUUUUGUGUAUUGCGUUCCUGGCAAACGGACUUGCCGCGCGGUGCCUGCGUUAUAGUGGAAACCUCCAUAGAUCAUGCCAAGGCCAAGCCUCUUUUCGGGGCGGUAAGGGGCGUGGUUUUAGCCUCGAGGUAUCUCAUUGAACCCUGUGGCAGCGGUAAAUCGAGGGUAAUGCAUCUGGCCAGAGUGGAUGUGAAGGGCAAAACACCCGAGUGGUACAACAAGAACUACGGACACAUUUGCUCUCACUACUUGUCCCGCAUUCGAUUGGCCUUCAAACACGUGGCCGAUGGACCCGAAAGCAAGGUCUAAAUGAUCAAUAUAUAUAGAAGAUAACGACCCAAUUUGAUGGAUGUUCGCUGUAUUCGUUGUCUGUCGCAAAACUGACGCAUUUAUACGUAAAUAUUUGAUAGCUGAGGAGGAAGAUAAUGGCUCCCCAACUUCGAAAAAACCCAACGAUUACGCAGAAAAUCCAACAGAACCCAAGGACCACAAUUAUGAGCUUGACCAGAGAGAGAAUAUAUUCUUGUACAUACACUUAGUAGGUUUCUUAAUUUAGUUCUCGACUUAGUCUUAACGAUUUAGUUUACUGUAUUAUAUUUAUACGUGGUCCUAAUUUAUACGCAUACUUCUACUACAAUUGAAAUCUAACAUCCAAAAUACUCAACACACGUAAAUAUCACAAAGUAUAUCUUAAACGUUUUCACUUGCUAAAGUUUAGAUCUACGUUUACGGCACUCCAAAUGUCUUUAAUGUUAAUUAGUUUGUAGUCUGGGCAAUAUGUUAAAAGGAAUACUAUAUAUAUUUGGGAAAAACAGAAAACAGCAAAAAGCAAACCUUAAAAUGUGUAAAGCAAAUUCAACUAGUCAAAUUCUUUAAACUUAAGUUAAAGUACUAACCCCAAAUACACUCAACCAUCAAGGCCACUUUGCCACUCAAUAGUUUUGUCGGAAGUUAACGAUUCAUUUGGCUUCAGAUAUUGAUCGAUCGACACAAAAUUACCUGAAAAUGUGUCUUUUGAUCCCUUAAAAAUGUAUGAUUGUAAACCUUGUGCGGUGUAAAAUCGGAGUUAUUAUCACUAUCAUUAGUUUAUGGAUGUGCCCUAAGAUCACCGAUCAAUAUACAUAACUAUAUACACGAUACUAUGUACUAUAGUUUUAUAUGUGUCUAUAAAUACAAUAUCCCGUUAUAAAGGAAAACGCAAUAAAAGUACAUAUUAUGGAAAUGCGAAAAACAUAAA